UCGUCACUUCAGUCAGUGGCGCUGUGUGUAUAGCUAUAUAAACACACUAAUGAGGUUAUGUCACAUAUAUUAAAAAUGACGACUGCAGAAUGGUUUAUCCUUAUGGCGGCUGUUGUAAUAACCGUAUCGGGUGAACCAGACCCGUGUUUAACAUCAUCUAUAUGGACUGAUGGAGAUGGUAGAAGUAUUAAUUGUCAUGUAGAUUAUGAUAAAUGUGACAGAUAUAUGGAACCAGGAUGGUAUCGUGUUCAAUCAGAAUCUGGUCAAAAUCUCACCAUGCCCACUUCACCUGUACCAGUAAAUAGUUGUGGUACCAAGUAUCCUAUAUGGUUAAAAGGAGAUCAUCCAAGUUCAUCAGAUGGUAUUGUUGACCGUGUUGCAUGUGUAACUUAUUACAACUCGACUUGUCAUGCCUCCUACCAAAUAAGGAUCAAGAAUUGUCAAGAUUUUAUGGCUUAUUACCUGGGAAAAGCUAAAGGAUGCAACGAGCGAUAUUGCUUUGGUAAUGCUGAAGGCUGUCAACAAUCAACAACCCAGGUACCAACUUCACUUUCUACAGAAGUCCAAGUUACCGAUACGGGAGUUACAGGUGAGCCAGACCCGUGUUUAACAUCAUCUAUAUGGACUGAUGGAGAUGGUAGAAGUAUUAAUUGUCAUGUGAAUUAUGAUAAAUGUGACAGAUAUAUGGAACCAGGAUGGUAUCGUGUUCAAUCAGAAUCUGGUCAAAACCUCACCAUGCCCACUUCACCUGUACCAGUAAAUAGUUGUGGUACCAAGUAUCCUAUAUGGUUAAAUGGAGAUCAUCCAAGUUCAUCAGAUGGUAUUGUUGAUCGUGUUGCAUGUGUUACAUCUUUAUCCUCGACCUGUCACGCCUCCUACCAAAUAAGGAUCAAGAAUUGUCAAGAUUUUAUGGCUUAUUACCUGGUUAAAGAUAAAGGAUGCAACGAACGAUAUUGUUUUGGAGACACAUAUGGAUGCAGGACAACAACACCAAUGCCAACAACAACAAAUAUUGAUCCUUUCUUUAAAUCACCCACGAAUUGGGGUUCAGACAUAGUUAGUCCAGACACUGUGCUGUAUUUUGCAAUAGCAGUUGUGGUGGCGUUCCUAAUUGGCCUGGUACUGGUGAUGUUGCUAUACAUCAAACUGUACAAAUCACGAAAUAUGGUAAAUGGUCAAAAACAACUGUAUAAAAUAUAAUUCCUGUCAACAGUUGGAAGCUUUGAUCUGUGGUUUCGAAAACUUAUAUAUAUUUAAAUAUUGCUAUAGAUCAAACCUAGUUUUUAUCCCAAAGUUCGAGCUCUUUCCGCUUUUUUUUUACAUUUUCCAAAUCGUCUUCGAAACGAAAUGGCAUAUUUAACUAACCUUUACCUUAACAGAUGAGUAGGCGAAUGCAUUUACCUCGCAUUUAACGCCUUCCAUGGAAGUAAACUUAUCAUAUAGUUGACAAAGAUCACGGUAUUUUGUUCUCGGAUGUGUAGAAUUUGUUUUAAUGAUAGUUUAUAUAUUUUACUUUCCCACAAAUUGAAACAUCUGGAGAUAGCCCUUUAAUAAAAUAAUUAUGGGUCCACAGACCACAAUUGUUUUUUUCUGUUUUCUUUUUUUGUUUGUUUGUUUCUUAAAAUAAUUUUGUUUUUAAAUUGUAUAUAUUCUCUUGGAAAAUGUUUAAAAUUGUGCCAUGUUCUUGUGUAAUCUCCUGAAAUCUCCAGUAAGACCCCUGGUUCAGAAUAGUAAGACGUUAAACUCCAUCUCAUUUCUAUGAAUAGCCAUAUACUGGGUUAAAGACGUGGCACAUCCAAAGUUUUAAAACGGCCCAACUUGAAAUACAAAAAAUAAAGUACAAUUAUUUUUGUCUGAGUAUAACUCGUGUAACGUGUGGGUUGGUGGCCACGACACUUACGAAUUAUUGUCACCCGCCUACGGACAACACACAUCAAAACGAUAGUAUCAAAUCAUAAUUAUGUCAAUAUUUUUUGCUUAAUAUUAAUAAUUUGUCAAACACCGUGUAGCGCUUAAAAAUAAUAGAAAGGGACAUAACAGCAAAAUUACCUCCCUUGUUUUCUAUACACUCCAUGGAAUUGGUAAAACUCAACGUUGAUGUUGAAUUAUUCCUUAACAAGGUAGGACUGUGCACAUAGAUUCCAUGCGUUUUGGGGCGUAUUUUAAACAUAUGACUUUUAAAUAAAGUAACCAUUGCUUUAAAUACAAUGGAACAUAUUUGUUAAGAUUUGGUUGACGUAUGAAAAGGAUAAUAUUGAUACUAGUUUCAAUUACCAUCCUCGGCUGUAGCAACAAGCGAUUAAAACAAGCAACAGAUCACCAUAUUAGUAUAUAAUGGUGGAUCUGUAUAGACGACAAGCGGGUGGUCCAUGCAUCAGAAUUGUGUAUUAAAAUUUAUAUUUAUGUAUCUUUGAAAAUAUAUUGUAUUAUAUUUCUAUGCAUGUAUGAAUUUCUUGCAAUAAAAUUAAUUCUAUAAUAUA